AUGACGGCCUUGGACGAGGAGAUAGUUUCCGAAGUUAUAGCCUGUGCGCGUUUUGGCGAACUCGACGAACUAAAAUCCUAUAUUGAUCAAUAUUCAGCCGACUACCUUGUGGAAAAGGACGAAUAUGGGAAUACCGCUUUGCAUAUGGCAAGUGCAAAUGGACAUCUUGAAAUUGUCGAAUAUAUAAUACAGACACUGGGCGGUUCUGCUUCAGAGAUUAUCAACGCUCAAAAUGACUCGGGAAAUACAGCCUUGCAUUGGAGUGCUUUGAACGGACACCAAACGAUAGUGGAAGUUUUAAUAACACACGGUGUGAAUGCCAAGAUAAAAAACACUGCCGGUCGUACUGCUAUAUCGGAAGCACAGCAGAAUGGCCAUGAGAGAACUGUAGAGUACUUAUUAAGCGUAGUUGAUCCAACGGAUGGGAAUGAAAAUCCGGAGGAGGAGAAGGAUUUGGCACCGGAGAGUAGUAAUUGA